GUUACGCCCUUCUUCCUUGUUGACACUGACACGACAAACGGGUCAGGUCAAAUGUCCGUUAGUUUACCACACCAGUAACUGUUCAUUUUCAAGGAAAUAAAUAUUGUGAUAUAUUAUGUUUAAUUUCACAUAAUUACCAUGGGAGACAAAAAUUUAUAUUCAAAAUUGAUGGUGGAUGUUGUUAUAGGACCCACACUUGAUAAGCUUGAAAAGAAAGACAUAUCUUCAGCACAGACCUUGAGAAGAGCCAUCUCUAAGGCAGAAACCACCAUUCCAGGUCUCACUUUUGAUCUUGUGAAAUGUUUGUUAAAAAAGGGAGAACUGAUAGAUAGAUUGGAUAUGUGUGAAACAUUGCUUAGACUUGGAGGAACUAUCGAUUCUGAAGAGCUUAGAAUUCCAAGAGGGGAACCUUCUUAUAAAACAUUAUACAAGUGUGCAUGUGAUCUGAAGUUGAUCCUGAGCCGUAUCCCUGAUCAAAUAUUUGACAGAAAACAGUUUCUUGAAACUAUAAAGGAGAUAGCGAGCUCAAUAAAAAUUCUUUUGGAUGCUGUGAACCGUGUUAUUGCUGAUAUACCAGUAUCUGAACCUGCAAGUAAACAGAUCUUAGAAGAAAGGAAGAAAGAGUUUGUGCGUUAUUCCAAGAAAUUUAGUAACACUCUCAAGGAAUAUUUCAGAGAUACAAAUCAGAAUCAUAAUGUGUUUUUGAGUGCUAAUUAUCUGAUCCACCAAACCAACCUUAUACUGAAGACAGUAAAGCAGGAAUGCUGUUGAGCCGCAGAGAGCAGAAAAUAUUGAAAUGAACUGUAACCAGCCAAAUUUUUUAUAGUUAAAAUAAUGUAUUGGUUCAGCAAUGUAUUAACUGUUUAUAGAAUAGGUUGUUUCCUAUUACAAUUACAGUCCCAUUACACUAUUUAACUACAUUUUAAUUAAAGCAUUACUUAAAAUCACUUUAUUAAAAUAAAGCAAUUAAAUUGUAUCAGAACACUAUUAUUCUCAUUUUUACUCCACUCUUCAAAUUAUUAGUCUAUUGUUGUGACUAUUCUAUUAGCUAUCCUGGGGAAUUGUGUAUACCUGUAAAAUAAAAUCCCCAAUCAGAAAAUGUGUUCUUAUGCAAGCUGCUUGAUCUUGCUGUUUAUAUGGUUGUGAAUGUAGGUUCUUUGUGAGAAAACAGACCUAUUCAGACCAUUCCUAUUUGUGUGUCAUCAUAGCCUACAAUUUAAAACUGAGAUAUGUUACUGUUGUUUUGUUUUUUCAACAUACAUGAGCAUGUCUCAGAGGUAAUAUCAGCUUCAUUAUUAAUUUAUCCAAUUUUUUAAUAAAAGUUUUGUAUAGAUCUUCAUAGUGAUAUUUUAUAUUUCUUACCUUUAAUUAAUAUUAUUAGGUUAUCUAAGACACUUAAAAAAUUGUUUAAGUCUGUGUAUGUAUAUAAAUAUAUCCACACACACUUUUAAAACAUUUAAACUGUUUAUUUAGCCCUUACUCAGAAUUAAUUUUAGAUUAUACAAAAACAGAAGAAAUUAAAUACCAUUUUUCUUGUUAUUGUUCAAAGAUUUCCAUAACAUCUUGAGUUAAUUAUCCUGUGAUCCUUUGUAAUAUAAUGUCAUGCAUGUGUUGUUUUUGUCAUACAAAGUUACCAUAUCAUUUAUGAUACAUUUUAUUAUUAGCUAUUGUAAAUUGUUACAAUUUUAUUAUCAUUUUGUUAAAAUAUUACUUUUUUAAAGUAUUUAUUCAGGUAUAAAAUUUUAAAUUUUUUUUAAAGAGUAGACAGGUAGCUAACCACACCAUCUCAUACAAUUUCUAAGCUGUCUGUCAGCAAAAAGUAUUGAAUUACAUUAGUGGUGAAUUUCAUUAUAUCAUCUAUGUUAAGCUAUAUUCGGAUAAGUAGUGGCUUGCUGUAUGAUCAACAUUCCUUAGAAAUUUCAAACACCACAAUUUUACCUUUCAUGGUUUUUGCUUGUUUAGAUAUAUCUAAUGGAUAUAGGUUUGAAAUAUUCCCUUAAAUUAGAUCACUACUAAACAGAGCUAAAUUGCUUGAUUUCAUAAUCAUAUUUUCAUCUGUGUAUAAUCAUUGAUAUAUGAACUUAUAAAUAAGUGAUUUAUUUUGAAAGAAUAAAGAGGGUUUAUC